CUCAAAAACGCAAGAUUAAUAUGUUCAGCAAAGUGUUCAGUCCCUAGUUCACUUUUUCCAGCAACGGCUACAGUGACUUUUGGUUUUUGUGUUCGUUUUUUUUGUGUAUACUGGUAAAACCAUUAUGUAGAAUAUCAGAUAUCUGUGUAAUAUCUGUAUUAUACUAAAUGUCUGUAUAAAAUCUGUAGGCUUAUGCGUGUCUGUAUCGCAACACAGAAAGUCUGUAUAAUACAGAUUUGUCUGUAUAUCUGGCAUCUCUGCGUCCAAGCUCCAACUUUAGAACUUCAUACAAUACUUCAAAUUAUUAUAUAUUCAUUUGACAGUAUUGUUUACGACAACUAAACUAGACUUUCUGAAUGUUAUUUCAUUAUUUAAGCAAUACUCUUUUCCAAAUCACUUAUAAACGUCCUGUAUCUUGCAACUCUGCUGGUCGAAACAUGCAGAGAAUGUUGCUAUAAUAGAAACAAUGGAAAAUGCUGUGUUAUAUGAAGGGAAGCCUGGUGACCGCAUAGAGCAAAGUGGCACCGGAUCCAAAAUUUUCAACACUGGCAUGAAUGAUAUCGAUAAAAAUGAAUCAGGUAGCGGAGGAAGUAACCGAGGCGGCAAGCGAUAUCAAAAUUCUCGGACAAUUGCAAAAAGAAAGGACAACAGUCAAAAGCAGCAUGAUACAAUGAAUAUAAAUUCAAACCUGCAGGAAUUAAACAAACAACUGCAGGCCAAUUUGCCGGAAGACAUGCGAAUUUCCAAAUUAUUACGUAGACUGUGUCAAGAAAAUGACGUUAAGGUUUGCUUAGAUCUGUGCAGCAAACUGGGAGUCGUUAUAUUGGAGCCGUGCAAUGAAUCAUACAUCCGUAAGUCCUUCGAUAUUUUAGCGGAUGGAAUUAUUUCCGUGAUAGAAAAUGGUCCCCGGGAUUGUCUUGAUAAUGUUGCGGAGUUAUUUGGAAUGAUGGGAUAUGUGAAUCGGAGUGAUUUCACUGCUUAUCGAGCAUGGAUUAUAAAAUAUUAUAAAAAUUCGAAAAAAAUGAAACAAGCUAUGAUUAAAGCCAUAAAGAAAACGGUUUCAUUAGAUGUAAAAGUUGACAUGAAGGAAACGGCUAAUCGGUUAAUGGAUUUGCUCAAAGAUUAUUUGGAAAUGGCUGAUACAAUUGAUACAUUCGUGGCAGUUACAGAUGUGAUUGUUGAUAUCAGCGGCAAAUAUCCCAAAUGUUUUCAGACGCAUUUCACCGAUAUUGUAGAUAUAGUUGUUGGCUGGCAUCUAGAAACAGAUCAAAUACCUAAAGUAAAAAUUCAUUGUUCAAAGGUGCUGCAUUCUUUUAAAGUCUUCUGGAACGAGAAUUUAGAUUUUACACUGAACUUAUUGGGUCAGUUUGUCGAAGAUAUUGACGCAUGCUGCGUUGAAUUAGAAGGCCCGGAUAAUGGAAGUGGUGAUCAAUUUAUCUCUUCAGCGGUUUCGUUUUGUUCUCUAGUAGAUGCUUUUAACACAGUAAUCAAGUGCUUGAUGCCGACACCCGAACUGUUGUUCCAGACUGUUGGACGAGAGGUCAUAGACAACAGUUUCGAACUAAUCGUGAAAGCAAGCAUAAUUAUAACGAAACAAUACUGCCUUGAAGAAGUACUGCUACCGAUCAAUGAGUGCCUAAUAAUACUGCUUACGUUGGAACCAUAUGCUGCUUUGGUGGAAAAUGAAAGAAUUCUUAUUGUGCUGGAAGGAGAAAUCGCAAUUACUGAAUCAUUGAAUCACACUCAAAUAUGUAGCCUGUUAUUAUUGUUGCUCACUUACACGGAAGCAAAGGCAGCAAAUUUACCCCCAAAAUUUCUUAACCUAGUCUGGGAUUCAAAAUCAUCUUUUGUAAAACUUCGCUUUCAUCGCUCUAGAGAAAUUCGUGAAGGUUUACUAAAGCUGUAUCAUUCUGUUCUCGCAAUUAAGAAUGUAGAAACGUUGGAGAAAGCAUACAAAUUUAUUUUGGACGAUUUAAGUGAAGCUAUGGAUUUAUUACGAAAUAGUGAAAAAGCAGAAUUGCGAAUCCAAUCGCAAUAUACAAUAAAUUUCAAUUUACUUACACUUUCCACACUUGCGAUGGCGAACAAUUCUAUUUUAGUAAUGUGGACACUUCAACCAAGUAUACUUGUUGUUCUUUUGAAAAAAAUGUAUCUACUAGAUUAUUGCUUGUGGAAUAAUUACCCUAAUUUACACUAUUCUAUUCUACGUAUUGCGUACCAGCACAGCAUCCAAAACAGCAAUUUUAUAUCAUCGAGCGCUUUACUGCGCACCAAAAACUACGCUAUUGUUGACUCCUUUCGCCGUCUUGGAUUAGAAACGACUGAAUCCACGGCAACUACUAGUCCCACAGCAGAGCAUUUUCGUUUAAUAACAGAGUUUUUGGCAAACGUUCUUUCAAAGGAUAUUUCGUCGCAUCACUUAGAACUACUUUUGAAUUGGUGUCGAGUGAUCAUAAGUCAAGUGUCACAAUACUAUGAUGUUCUUCUGAAUAACAGUCAAUUUAAGGCUAUUUGCACUCACAUUUGUAAUAUAUGCAUGCGGAAAGAUGAGGAAUUAACAAUGAAAUGUGCGGAGUGUCUCAAUAUACUCAGCUCGUAUAGAGCUUUGGCUUCAUCUGUUUAUCAAGGAAUUGCUGAAGUAUGCUGUGUUCUAAUGUGUUCUACAAAUGCUGAAAUUAGGGAACGAUUUUCAUACAUACUUGCGAAACUUCCUUUGCGGUACUCACUGAAACAGGUUAGCCAAUUUAGCGGAAACAAUGAACUACGAAACCAACAAAUCUACGAGUUGCAAAGUUGGUAUAUUGCCACUGAAAAUACCGGAGAUCUAAGAUCGCAUUAUUUUCGACCAUUCAUCGAAAAAAUUAGCUUUCAACGUGAAUCUGUAUGCAUUGAUGAUUUUCUCAAAGAAGUCUUUAUUAAAUCAUGGUUUGUGGAUAAAGAAAAAAAACAGAAGUAUAGCGAAAUGGCAUUGGCCGAUUUGAGGUGCUUGAUCCCCUGGGCUCAGUGGGAAGCAGCGCACUUUUGUGUCAAUAAUAAACUUCGCACACCUAUCGGAAAACCACAGGAGACUUUUCUAAAAAUUGAGUCUAUUAUAAAAGAAGAUGCUCGUGUUUUAUCAAUGAAAGAGCAUUGCACAGUUAAAGAUUUAAGUGCAUCAAUGGCCAACCAGCGGCACGCUAGAAUUCUACUAGGAUUCCUGGAGGCAUUGGAAAAGUCUAUUUAUAAUGCAUCAGAAGGAACUGCAUUUGCGUUACCCAGUCCAGAAAAACCUUCACGUACUUUCUUCCGAGUUAAUGCCUCCACAUGUGCCGAAUGGUUCAAUCGCAUUCGAGCAGCUGUUUACUUGGUUGCAUUGCAUUGCAUGGAACCAGAAAUGGUUAUCCGCUAUGCAGAAGCGGUGUUGCGAGAAUUAAUUCAGGCAAAAAAAUUUAACGAUCCUAUUUUCGAACACACGCUUAUGUCUUUGGUGUGGGCCUUGCUGCGGAAUUGGGAAAGCGACGCUUUAUAUGGUGUAUAUGUAUGGUCGAAGCAAGUCACCGGGAAGAAAUACGCAUGGAUUAAAAUGGCUGCCGAAGAAGCCGCAGGUCACCGAGAGAUUGCUUUAGAAGGGUUCAUGAAUAUCCUUUCUGAUCCUGAGUGUGAGAACUUGGACAGACAUAUACGAGAUUUUAUUGUUGAUCAAAUCACCUUGUCACUCAUAUUUACUAUGCAGCUUCCAGAACUACACGAUUUUCUUGUAUCAGAAGAAACUAGCGGCAUACAAAGAGCAACUAUCCCGUUGAUUACUCUAACCCCAAAGCUGGUACAAUCCUGGAUCGAAUACGAGCAUACUAAAGAUAAAAACGCAAUUGACAUGGCUGAUUGGGAGCAAGUGGAUUUCGGUACUGAUAUUUUAAAUAACUUUUCCUGUCACAAGAUGGUAAGCGAUACGGAAAACAGUAUCGCUGCCAUAUUCAUGUUGCAACAUACUCCUGAAAAAGAAGAGAAGGUUCGGAUGUGCAGUGAAGUUAUUCAUAGUGCGCUACAGGAAUGUCUGCUCACUAAGUCAAGAGAAUAUUUAUUCCAAAUGACAAUUACAAAUCACAUUGCGUAUAUAGCACAGUUACCUGACUGCACCGCAGACGAUUUGAAAUCAAUUCGCGUCGACAAACAGUAUGGCUCAUUCACAAUUAUGAGAGUCUUGUCUUGGAUAGAAUUUUUCGACAACAAUAACAAAUGUCAGCAGAAUAAUAUGGAAAUGCGAUUAGAUCUUGUAUCUGUUGCGCGAAAGGAAAACAAUUUGAGUUUGUGCCAACGAGAACUAGAAGCGUUUUAUAAAAGUUAUGACAUUGGAAAACUAUUUUGUAUAGAUCAGCACUCCAUAACAAUUGAUCGAAUUCAGCGGUUACUGAUGAGUGAUGCAAUGAAAUGUGAUCUCUGGGAUGUUAGUUUGUCAAGAGCAGUCUAUGAGCAAUGCAAAUGGCUCUAUUGCCAGUCGAAUAGGAAACAACAGGCCAUUCAGUUUGCAUCAGUUGCGACGGCUGGAAUCAGUGAAAAAUUAGCCCAGUUUGAUCUUACCUUCGAUAACAGCUUGCGUGAAAGGGAAGCGAGAUUUCUUCUUACUAUUGCAGAUUGGGUGCAGAAUGAAGAUUCCGAAAUUUUUAAUGAACCACAAUCCAAUUCACCAUUGGUAAAAUUAAUAUGCUCUCUUCCAGAACUUGAACCUUCUCCAGAUCCUAGAAUGAUAUCGAUUUUCUCGAUUAUGGAUAUUGUUGUAGGUAAACUACUACAAGCUAGCGUUCGGUGUUGCCCAGAUUUAGCGAAAGCCUGGUGUCAAUUUGGUUCCUGGAGUUAUCGGUGGGGAAAAAAGAUGGUUGAAUUCAAUACCGAAGGUAACACAUUACAUAUAAUUAACCAGGAAGAAAUAAAGAAAAUUCUACCGGCUACAUCGUCAGAUAAUAUACAAAAAAUAACGAUCAUACUAAAUCAACAUGAAGUAGGUGAGGAAGAAGAGGAAAUUGGAUUGAAUGAAAUGAGCUCCACUGGUCUGUUAGAAUCACUGCAAAUUACGAUACCAGAGCUACGCGAAUGUUCAGCAGAAAAGCUGCAAUCAAUAGUAGAAAUUUGGCGACAGACACAUCGUACCGUUUAUGGAUAUUACGAAAUAGCGGCAUCAGCAUAUUUUCGAUAUCUUCAAUUAUCUUCCUCGAUCGAGAUGGAAAGUGAAAAUGGAAAUUCAUCGACAGUGACCGCAACGCUCCGAUUGCUAAGACUGAUUGUGAAACAUGCUCUGGGAUUGAAAGAAGUAUUAGAAGAAGGCCUUGCCACAACACCUACCAAUCCCUGGCGUGUAAUCAUACCACAGCUAUUUUCACGAUUGAACCAUCACGAACCGUAUGUUAGGAAAAGAGUCUCGGAACUGCUUUGUCGAGUAGCAAAAGAUGCACCUCAUUUAAUUAUAUUUCCUGCUGUUGUUGGUUCCGUGCAGGAAAAAAACGUUGACGUUGGGAAUAUUUCCUUGAACAAACAAGGUGAUGAUAUGAAGCCCAGUGGCGUACCUGAGUCAGGAUUGGCUUUUUGUUUCAAUGCACUAUUAGAGAUCCUUUUUCAAGAUGCGCCGGAGACGGUGCGACAGGUUCAAGUGCUUGUUUAUGAAUUAAGACGAAUUUCACUACUAUGGGACGAGCUGUGGAUCAUUUCACUACAGCAAAUUUAUUCUGAGUAUAAUAAACGUUUCACAAGUUUUGAAAAUGAACUUCAAAAAUUAGUAGAAAGUGAAUUGCUUGAAAGUAGAAAAAACUUGAUUAUAGAAAAACAUAAACUUUUACUCAGGCCGCUAAUUUUUGUGAUGGAACAAUUGUACGAAAUGACAUGUAGACCAUCACAAACUAUCUACGAAAAACAAUUUCAGGAGCGGUAUUUAAAGUAUAUAAAUGCAAUGAUUGAUAAGUUUAAGGAACCAUUCGACUUUAAGAAACCGGUUGAAGGUUGGACUCGUUUCAAGGCCUUGCUGGGACAAAUGCAGCAACGAGGUCAAAAAAAAAAUGCUUUCACCCUGCGUCUUUCGGAAAUCAGCCCUGUUUUGGCAAAGCUAUCAAAAACAGCAAUUUCUAUGCCUGGAAUCGAUUGUACUCAGAAAAAACAAAUUUUUAUUUCCUCAGUAGACAAUUCAGUACAGAUUUUACCUACAAAAACUAAACCGAAAAAAUUAAUGUUCUAUGGUAGUAAUGGACGUCGAUAUAGCUAUUUGUUCAAAGGUCUCGAAGAUCUGCAUCUGGAUGAAAGAAUCAUGCAAUUUUUGUCGAUAGCUAACUUAAUGAUGACUAAAUCAAUUGAUUGUAGCGGAAACAUUACUUAUUACCAUGCUGAACAUUAUUCAGUUAUUCCCCUUGGACCACGGUCAGGACUUAUUAAUUGGGUAGAUAACACUGUUCCAAUAUUUUCACUCUACAAGAAGUGGCAACAACGAGAAGCACUUCAGAAAAAAGAAAAACCUGCAACCACUAGUCGACCGUCGGAGCUUUACUACCAAAAGUUAACACCUUUAUUACAAAAGCACGGGUUGAAAACUGGUGUCAAUCGAAAGGACUGGCCCGUAUCGAUAUUAAAACAAGUGUUAAAGGACUUACAGAGUGAAACACCACGCGAUCUUUUGGCGAAAGAAUUGUGGUGUCAUAGUACGACAGCCGCUGCUUGGCGUCAAGUUGUACGCAACUACUCACUAUCGAUAGCCGUAAUGAGUGUCAUUGGUUACAUCAUUGGCCUCGGAGAUCGACAUCUAGAUAACAUACUAGUUAAACUUGCUUCUGGAGAAAUAGUACAUAUAGAUUAUAACGUAUGCUUUGAGAAAGGAAAAACUUUGCGUGUGCCAGAAAGAGUGCCAUUUCGUAUGACACCAAAUCUAGAAGAAGCGUUGGGCAUCACGGGUAUUGAGGGCACCUUCCGUUUGGCUUGCGAACAUGUACUGAAGUCGCUGAAAAAAGGACGUGAAACUUUGCUUACUCUUUUGGAAGCAUUCGUUUACGAUCCGCUGGUUGAUUGGGCUGUUACUGAGGAUGGUGGGGCGGCGGCUUUUGCCGUUUCAACUUAUGGUAACAGGGAAGGCUUCAAUAGCGAGCUUCAACUUGCAAAAAAACAGCUUGAGCGAGAAGUGAAUCGGGAUACACUUGCGAUCCGAUUUUCUGAAAUAAAAACUGAAUGGAAUCAGAACCGCGACGAUAUAUAUCAACAAUUGUUAUUAAUGCAAACAUGCCUUCAAGAUUUAAAAUUAUACCGUUUAGAACUUUGUACUGCUGAGAGCCAGAGAGAUUCUCUUUCUAACCAAAUACAAGUUAUUCGGGAGGCAGAAUCAUUAGAGUCUGCAAUUGGAAGUCACCCCUUAAAUACACUUUCGCAACGUUAUAGUGUAUAUAAGAAAAUUAACGAUGACUACGAAUCUGUGAAAAAAACAUUAUUGAACAAGAAAUCUGAAUUUGAAAAAAAGCUGGAAGAUUACAGAAUUUUUCGGAAAGAUAUAGAAAGUCAGAGACUGCAUGAUCUUGUAAAUACAGUGGACAUCAGUAUUGAAGAGUGCUCUUUAUCUGAAUUCGAUCAAGUUCAAGAAUUUUUGGAAAAUUCUAAUCUUCAUGAUGUUUUCUUGAAAGCUAACGGUUGUCGACACGAACUGAACGGUCACAUUUUAAAAUCAUCUAUGCUAGUGAAACACGCAUUAGAAAUGCUUAACCAGUAUACUAUGAUAAUGCGUUACUAUCCAAAUAGUUUCGAACAAGAUCACAAGCAUUUCAAGUUUGCAGCUUGGUAUAGAAAGUUGUUAGAAGAGAAUUCACAGCAGUCAAGUCAGGAGGUUUUGCAUCUUCAUCAGCAACACGCAGUUAAAAUUCGCCAACACUCCUCAAAUCAACAGGUUAUAUCGUUCUCUUAUCAUUUGUCAAACAUACUGUCCGAAAGCGGAUUUAGAUUAACAGAGUUGAUUGGUUACCAUGCACGAGAAUUGAAUGAAAAUACCACUUCCGUCGACCAGAUAUAUGAGGCAUGUCUUACUACUAUUGAAUCAAUAGCUUUUGGGAGUACAAUCGGACCACAAAUUUUGAACUGUGCAGCUAUCAAAUUAUUUUUGGAUCUUACCCAAAACUAUUUAAUGUUAGAACAAACUGCCUCGACAGCUGGUGAAACAUUAAUAGAUCUACAGUUGAACGACAAUUGGUAUUUAACAGAGCUAUAUAUGGCUUCUGCACAAUUAAAAUCCCUAGCUCAAAUUAUGUUUGAGAAGAAUGAAUACCAGGUUUCGCACAAGGACAUUUACACCAUAGGUUCUAGUUGCCUGUCUGCUGCUGUUGAUAUUUAUGAGUAUUUGCAUACAAUGAAUGAACGUAUACCUCAGAGCUUUUUAACAGAGACCUUGCAAGGUAUUAUUUCAGAGAAUCGAAGCGUAAUCGAAAUGAUUUCCGCGGUUUCAAAUCUUCAAUCUGAUACACCAGGUCUUUCACAACUACUAGAUGAAUUGAAUAUGCAUCUUCAGUGUGUGGUAAUGAAUAUUCCAUCGGUGCAUUGUCACGUUAUCACAAUAGUCGAAGAGUUGAAACAAAAGUUCACAAGCUUAGGAGAUAGUUACCAACAGCAAGAAGUGCCCUCCGAUGGUGCUAAAUUAUUUCUUAUACUAUAUUCUUUAUUUAAUGAAUUGUUGGAGAAGCAGAAUGUACUUUUGCGAAAUGUUUAUGAUGAUAUCCAGCUGUUGAACGAAAUUAAUUCUAUUGACCUCAUGAAGGAGUCUAAAGAUUUAGCAGUUCUCAUCUUCAAUAAGUCAACAAACAGUAUCCUGGAGAACAUUUUUAUCGUAAAACGUGUUCAAGCCAUUAUUGAUUUUUUCACAUCCUGUUUACAAAUGGCCUGUUCAUUUAAAGGAUCUACGAACACGGUUUUGUUCAACGAUGAUUUGUUGGUACGUCCAAUUCGAAGAUUUAUUUCUGAUUUUGUGUACCAUUCAAUGCUAGGUGUCGGACCAACUGCAUGUAGUGUUGUACUCUAUGGUAUUCUUCAGCGCACUAAUCCCAGAAUAGAUCAAGAUAUUGCAAUGUAUCAACAAAUAGCUUGUGAUAAGGAAACGGUUGUUUUACAAGAGCUUUGCAAUGCAACGAUAGAACACACUCUCAGUGCUGUGCACAUAUCCCAACAGCAAUAUCAUCAUGCUAAUAACGCCUAUAUACAUUUGAGCUGCACGUGGAGAAAAAAGAUGCGAAUCAAACUACUCUCAGACCGCAUUCUCACUGAACAAGUUGUGCUUAGCAGAAUUCAAAUGUUGCUUGUAGCUCACAGUUGGCUACAUGAAACAACGACCAACCUGCCACGAGUAGAAAUAAACACCCAUGUAAAUCGCUCCGCAGUAGUAAUUCAGCUUCAAAAUUUUGUGAAACAACUGACGUCCAUCAAGUUAACCAUACAAAGUCUGCGCGAAGAAAUUCUGGCGAAUACUACAGUAAUUUUACAUCGUUUGAAAUGGUCUGCUGGUACAAACACAAAAUUGAUACAUUUGUCCCAUACAUUCGAACAAGGGUCGUUAUUAAAACAAAAUUCACUAGAAAAACAUAUGCUCUAUAUAGACAUGGCGCUCAAUCAUUGUAGUUCCGUUUUAGAUCAUGAAAUCAUGCAUCUACAAGACUAUCAGGAUCAACAAGAUCAUGAAUUCAUUGAGCUAGUGGGGAAGUUUAAAAGAGUUUGUUCAAAAUUACAAUCGUGCCCAACAAUGGUGAAUAAAACCGAAAUCGCACUCGUUGAACUUCUUGAUCCAGAGGGAAAAAUCGAUCAUGUUUGGAUAGCUAAUGUCCGAGCUUUGGUGGAUGAUAUGACUGAUCAAGUGCAUACAAAAAUUGCCCGCCUCGAAAAGGAGUUGCGGAUUGUGCAAGACAACUUGCAUUUAAGUGCUCAUAAGCUGCGAUCAUUGAUAAGUGCUCAUCAUUCCGUUGCUUCAGAUGUUCGGAACUUACUGAAGAUUAGGCUAAAAAUGGAUUCAUCAUCAUCGUUACGAGAAUAUCUACUCAAAUAUAAAGCAUUCUUGGAAACGGUUUCGGAAUUGCUGUCAAACGUGAUUAAUGAAGAUUUUACUGAUGAAUUAAUACAACAUGCUAUGGAACAUGUUCAACACAUAUUAUCAAAUGUUCAUGCGGUGUUCGAUAAACUAUUCUUUUUUGAUCAAGGAUCAGAUAAUGAUGUUCGUGAAGAUUUUGAUAAAUCUGAUAUACUCGGGGAAGUUAUCCAUUCUCCGGAUAAAAAAUACAAUAGCGAAGCGAAAUUUGAUAAAGUUCAGCAAACCCAGAAAGAACAGAAACGGAAUGCCUAUGCUGUUUCAGUUUGGCGUCGCAUUAGAAUGAAACUAGAAGGUCGAGAUCCUGAUCCCAAUCGUCGCUGCACCGUGCAGGAACAAGUAGGAUGGAUGAUACAAGAAGCAAUGGAUCCAGAUAACCUUGCUGUAUUGUACGAAGGAUGGACUCCAUGGGUGUGAAUUGGUAAUUGAAUAAUUGAAAUGUGUUGGUAAGUCCUCGUAAAAUCAAAUCCGCGAAAAGUGUAAGCGUGGGUUCGCAACACGCCCGCACUGUUAGUAGCGGUUUCAAAUAUCACAAGCAGCGAGUAAAAACGUUGCUCAGUGCCCGUCGGUGCAGGGGAAUCAGCUGCGUGGGAUCGACAUCAGUAGUACUGACUAUGACCGCUUAGCAGGCACCUAACGGUUCCAAACAAAACUACUGCUUACUCUAAGUAUCAGUUCACUGUGGUAGUUUUAAAGUAUUUCGUAGAUGAACCUCAAAAUAUUUGCAAUUAUCUCUGCUACAGUGAAUGAUCUAAGCCAUUUUUUACAAUCAGUUACUACCAUUCACAAGCAUCGAAUAAAAAUGGUAAUAUUUUACUCGACUAUUAUACAUUCUUUUUAUUUUUUUUAUUUUUGUGCAGUUGUUAUAGCAAUUUGAGUUUCACGCUAUGACGAUGCCAAAUUCUAAUUUACUCAUUUUUAUUUGACAUUCGAUCAAAUCCAACCAGUGAAACUAAUAGGCUAUAGCAGUAGAUAUUUACCCUUAUUCUUGUUUACGGCCGUAUCCGAGAUUCGUAUGAAAUGGUCUAUUGAAACGAACUAGAAAAUGCUAUCUAUAUUUUCAAAUAAGCUAAAUUAAGUUAGGAAGUUCGAGUUGGUUUGUGACUUGAUCGAAAAUACAAACUUAAUUCGUACGUAAACAAGAAUUAGGUUCAAUGUUUGGCUGGAAUUUUGACUAAAAUGAAGCCGAGCUGCUUGUGGCAUACCAAAAUCAAGCCAAUGUAACAUCAAAUCUCGCAUAACUUUUCAAAGGAACCUAAGUUAAAAAAGGAGAUUCUCUCCUCUUUCGCUCUGUUUCGCUAACUACAUCGUCAUUAUUAAAAUUUCAACGAUUUCUUCUCAUAAAUCGAAUGAUUAUAAUAUUGCCUAGCUUACUAUGCAAAGAGUAUUAUAAAAAUGUGAAAAUAAUUUAUAAUGGAAAAUAACUUAAUAAAACUAAACAACUGGGUUCUUUUGAAAGUUACACGAGAAAUCAUCUUUUUGUAGUAAAAUAUUCUGCGAGGUUAGUUUCUAUUUUUCUUAUAUUUCUUCGGAACAGUAAAAUUUGAGCUUUUUUUUGCCUUGCGCUAAACUCUGCCACAAAUUCGGGUUAGAUAAACAAAACCGAUAUUAUUAUUCUCUCGUCUUUCCUAAAAAAUAUCUUCUAACUAUAAUUUUGUUUCUAUCAGUUGUGUUGUAUAAUUUCCCUCCAAUCAAACAUAUUAAUAAAUCAUAUGGGUUACUUAUCAAUGCGUA